GUCCAGUCAUUUGAUGAAGCUCCUCUUUAUCCCUACGUCUUCUCUGGUUUUUUCUCAUCAUACCUGACUCUACCAGUUUCACGCCAUGCGUCCUUCCCUUGCCACAGCGGUCCUACCGGGCAGAACCCGCUCCCAUAAUCCACCCAACCUGGCCGUUGGAGGCCGGGAACACCUGUCAGCUCCUCGUAGACGCAGCCCCAACCUGCGGCACACCCUCAGUCCGGAGAACCUGCGGACUCUGACAGAGAGGAGUGGGACACCCGUCGAUGCCGCUUCUGUUGUCAGCGCUCCUAUUGGACUGACGCGAGCCAACAGCGACACCGACCUGGUGACCUCCCAGAGCCGGUCUUCGCUCACGGCGUCCACCCUGGAGUACACGCUGAACCGGGGCCAGAACCUCGUCAUAUCCUGGGACAUUAAGGAGGAGGUGGAUGCCACAGACUGGAUUGGACUCUAUCAUAUUGAUGAGACCAGCCCAUCCAAUGUGUGGGACUGCAAAAACAGAGGGGUCAACGGCACCCAGAAGGGUCAGAUCGUUUGGAGGCUGGAGCCGGGACCUUACUUUAUGGAGCCUGAGACUAAGAUUUGUUUUAAAUACUACCAUGGGGUGAGUGGAGCUCUGAGAGCGGCGACCCCCUGCAUCACCGUGAAGAAUCCAGCAGUUCUGGUCUGUUGCCCUGCCUUUGUGGAGGGGCUGGCGGAGCAGGUGGGUGUUGAACAUCCUCGGAAACUGAUCAGCUUCACUUUAACAGAUCUGCGAGCCACCGGCCUGAAGAAGGGCAUGUUUUUUAACCCCGACCCUUACCUGAAGAUGUCCAUCCACCCAGGGAAGAGAAACAUCUUCCCCGUCUUCAGCCACCACGGACAGGAGCGGCGGUCAGCCAUCAUAGCCAACACCAUCAACCCAGUGUGGCACGGAGAGAAAUACACGUUUGUGGCGCUGAUGACAGACAUCCUCUACAUCGAGGUGAAGGACAAGUUCGCAAAGAGCCGACCGAUUAUCAAACGCUUCCUCGGUCAGCUUGCCAUCCCUGUGCAGCGGCUUAUCGAAAAGAUACCAGGAGUUCAGCCUGUGAGUUUCUCCUUGUGUCGGCGCUUGCCAACCGAACACGUGAGCGGUCAGCUGCAGUUUAAAGUGGAGCUAACCUUGACCGGACCCGAUGGUGCCUCUCCUGACUCGAUCAUUGGUAUUUCUUCCUUGAAUGGAGCUCCAGGAACUCCGUCAGAUGACGAGGACUUGCCCCAUCCCCUUCCAGGUGUGGUCUCUGCAGGUGCUUCUCCGACUGGCUCCCAGGGCUCUCAGGGCAUGUGGGAAGGUGGAGCCGUGGCUUUGCCAGUAAAGGACCUGCCUGUUGUUAGAGCGGAGGCCAGAUUUGUAGAACCUGUGAUGUUUUCUGGUCAGACAAUGCUCCAGAGGUCCCUCAGUGAGGGGCUAGAUGCUAUUGAAGCUCCUAAAGGUCCAGGAGAGAGACCUCUGGGCGCUGCCUCACCUAAGUUGUGCUCCAGCUUCCCGACACACACGAGGCUGAGUGCCAUGCUGCACAUCGACUCCGACGAAGACGAAGAGAGGUCCGCCAUGAUCGACGUGAUGCCGAUGCCUUUGUCGCCGUUACUGAUGAACGGAGCGCCUCUGUAUGUCGGUGGUCCCGAUGAAGACGACCUGAUUCCUGAGCAACCAGAGUGCUCGGCUCAGGAGGAAGAACUUGUGAUGGAAGAUGAGCCACCAGACGAGGAGUUGGGGCUGGAUCUAGAAGCAGAUCUGGACUUGGAGGAUAUUCUGGAACAAGAUGUUUUUCUCGAGGCGGAGGAAGAGGUUCUAGUCUCAGAGGUUGUUACCCAUAAUGCUUUGCCAGAGGUUGCAGGGGCAAGUGAACAAGGAAGGACGCCUGGUGAGGAGGCUUCAUCAGAGAUCGACACCUGCUCCAUGGCAACAGCACCUCAGACUGUGUUUUCAUCAUCUGAGAGCGGCCCCGUCACCCAGACCACCGCUGUGGAAGCAGAGGAAGGAACAGUGACGGCCAUAGAUCCAGGGGGGGAUGGAGGCUCAGGCCCCCCUCCAAACGGUGGUGAUGAUGAUGGAGGUGGUGAGCGACCUUUAGCUACUGAGGCUGAAGGAGAAGCUCCACCUCCCAGCCAGUGCCAGGAGGUGGAAGAGCUCAGUGUAAGGAGGCUGAGCCUGCAGGCGACAGGGGGAGGAGCUGAGGAACAAGAAGGGGAGGAGACAAAGACUCGAGAGGAGGCAGGGCCUAUUGAUUCAGAGCACAUCACCACGGAAACAGAUGAAGAAGAAGCGGCGCGCGUUAAUGGCCAUCCUGUACGUUCUCUUCCUUCUGUGCGUCACGACAUCCACCGGUACCAGCGCGUGGACGAGCCGCUGCCUCCCAACUGGGAGGCUCGGAUCGAUAGCCACGGCAGGAUCUUUUUCGUGGACCACGUGAACAGGACCACCACGUGGCAGCGUCCCACUGGGCCCCCCGCCCCGCAGGGCCUGACCCGCUCCAACUCCAUUCAGCAGAUGGAGCAGCUCAACCGCAGAUACCAGAGCAUCAGAAGGACCAUCACGAACAGCGACCGCUCCGAGGACAGCUCCGCUGAUCUCCUGUCAGAGCCAGAGACGGAGCUGAUGCCUCACUCUGUUUCAGAGUACCGUAGAGACAGCGCCGUCGCUCACUCCAGCGGCCGCUCGCGGCUCUCCCUGCUGCUCCAGUCGCCCAGCGCCAAGUUCCUGUGCAGCCCGGACUUCUUCACCGUGCUGCACUCAAACCCCAGUGCCUACCGCAUGUUUACGAGCAACACCUGCCUGAAGCACAUGAUCAGCAAGGUGCGUCGAGACGCUCACUACUUCGAGCGCUACCAGCACAACCGGGACCUCGUCACCUUCCUCAACAUGUUCUCCAACAAGCAGCUGGAGCUCCCCCGGGGCUGGGAGAUGAAGCACGAUCACACCGGGAAGCCGUUCUUUGUGGAUCACAACUGUCGAUCGACGACCUUCAUCGACCCGCGGCUGCCCCUCCAGAGUUCUCGGUCCACCGGGCUGCUGGCCCACCGCCAACAUCUGAGCCGCCAGCGAAGCCACAGUGCUGGAGAGGUAAGAAACGACCAACACUUGACUCGCAACCCUCCUGUGAUGCCCCGCCCCUCCAGCACCUUCAGCGGUUCCAGUCGAAGCCCGUACCACGACGUGGUUCCUGUCGCUUACAAUGACAAGAUUGUGGCGUUUCUACGGCAACCCAACGUUUUCGAGAUCCUGCAGGAAAGGCAGCCCGAGCUCGCCAGGAACCAUUCACUCAAGGAUAAGGUGCAGUUCAUUCGCAGUGAGGGGGUCAACGGCCUGGCUCGCCUCUCCAGUGACGCAGACCUCGUCAUGCUGCUCAGCCUUUUUGAGGAGGAAGUGAUGUCGUACGUGCCGUCGUUACUCCACCCAGGUUACUGCCUCUCUUCUCCUCAGAGCUCCCCCGGUACUCAGCGAGCCAACGCCAGAGCUCCUGCUCCCUAUAAACGGGACUUCGAAGCGAAAUUGAGGAACUUUUAUCGAAAGCUGGAGACGAAGGGUUAUGGACAGGGGCCGGGUAAAGUAAAGCUCAUCAUACGCCGAGACCAUCUGCUGGAGGACGCCUUCAACCAGAUCAUGUGUUAUUCCCGUAAAGACCUGCAGAGGAGUAAACUCUACGUCAGCUUCGUGGGCGAGGACGGGCUGGACUACAGUGGACCCUCGAGAGAGUUUUUCUUCUUGGUGUCCAGAGAACUUUUCAACCCGUACUACGGAUUGUUUGAGUACUCGGCUAACGACACGUACACGGUGCAGAUCAGCCCCAUGUCUGCCUUUGUGGACAACCACCAUGAAUGGUUUCGCUUCAGCGGGCGCAUCCUGGGACUGGCUCUGGUUCAUCAGUACCUGCUGGACGCGUUCUUCACACGGCCGUUCUACAAAGGUCUCCUUCGUAUCUCGUGUGAUUUAAGUGACCUGGAGUUCCUUGAUGAGGAGUUCCAUCAGAGCCUGCAGUGGAUGAAGGACAAUGACAUUGAGGACAUGCUGGACCUCACUUUCACUGUCAACGAGGAGGUUUUUGGACAGAUCACAGAGAGAGAGCUGAAGCCGGGCGGGGCCGGUAUCCCUGUAUCCGAGAAGAACAAGAAGGAGUACAUCGAGCGAAUGGUGAAGUGGCGAAUAGAGCGUGGCGUUGCACAGCAGACCGAGAGUCUAGUCCGAGGAUUUUACGAGGUGGUAGACGUUCGGCUGGUGUCCGUGUUCGACGCCAGGGAGCUGGAACUGGUGAUCGCCGGCACUGCAGAGAUCGACCUGGCGGACUGGAGGAACAACACCGAGUACAGAGGAGGUUACCAUGACAACCACAUAGUGAUCCGCUGGUUCUGGGCGGCCGUGGAGAGGUUCAACAACGAGCAGAGGCUGCGGCUGCUGCAGUUUGUGACGGGCACCUCCAGUAUUCCCUACGAGGGCUUCGCCUCAUUACGGGGCAGCAACGGACCCCGCAGGUUCUGUGUGGAGAAGUGGGGGAAGAUCACCUCGUUACCCAGGGCUCACACCUGCUUCAACCGCCUGGACCUCCCGCCCUACCCGUCCUUCUCCAUGCUCUACGAGAAGCUGGUAACCGCCGUGGAAGAAACCAGCACGUUCGGCUUGGAGUAG